AAGAAGAAGAAGGAGAAGAAGAAGAAGAAGAGCAGCCGCGAGAGGAGACGGACCAACCUUUUUUUUCUCUCUCUUUCCCACAUCUCCGCUGACAGGCUCUCAUCCAUUCCCCCCCCUCGCUCCAACUCCGCCGAAGCAAGCUUCCUCGCCACCUCUCCUUUACUCCAUUUUUUUUUAAAUUUUUUUUAUUCCUUCUUCUACCCCUUUCCCGCCUUUACGCAGAGAUGUUACCAACCUCACUACAGAGAUGUUACAAAAUGAGGACCCUCUAACUCGCCACGACUUUACUUCUCCUCCCGGCAGUUUCUCUCAACAUCGUGGAUUCGCCCGACGAGGAUGCAAACUAUACGUCUUGUUUUUUUGUGCUUUCUUAACCUUGAGAGGGGCAGAAGAUAUGAAGUUUAAAGGUUUUGGCUUCCGGUUCACCUGUCCACUCCCGCCCAUUAGGCACUAAAAAAACAACAACUAACUGUUAAUAACAAGGACCAUUUUAUCACCACGUAGAACGAGUUAAAUACUGUUUUUUGUUCUCUCUCUUCUUUUUUCACCUUUUUGGAGGAAUUAUAUGUACGCCACGCCGGUGGAUAUGGCUUAAAAUGUUGGCGUCAGAAGGAGAAAAGUCCGUCACUUGAGUGUUAUUAGCCACCUACGACUUUUGCUUGAACAGCCCCUCUAAAUGGGAGGAUACCUGGCGGACUGAGUCGGACAAAAUGUGGAUAAAACGGAGUGUCACUCGCAGCAGUCCCUCUGCUCCGAGGCCAGGCAGCUGUGUGGGCCACCGGGUGUGGAUCCUGCUGGCAAUGACCCACAUGACCCUGGACCUGUGUGUCUGCAGCCCCCUAAGUCAAGGUCUGGGGAUCAAACUCAUGCCUAAACCGGUGCCUCGCUCACGACCCCGCCUGCAGCCCGUCUGGGACACGCCCAACAAGAUCCACUGGAAAACCGUGAGCCCUCUGGCCCGCAGGCUUCUGAACCCCAUCCCUCUGCCCCAAGACGGUAGAUUAGGGAUGGGGCUGAAAGUCAAGGUCCAAAAACAUCGGAAGCCUCUGCACAAACGGCAGGCGCUGUGUAAGGAGUGCCAGAUGGCGGCGUUCGCUGAAGUGGAGACAGGUGAUCCUGUAAUAGCGGAAGCUUCGGCGGGGUUAUCCACCCGGAGCACAGGAGACAGAGCGAGGUUGCUGCACAGAGCCAGGAGGCAGCUCAAAUGGGAGAGCCUUGACAAGUCGCAGGAGGGCCGGACUACUACGGUGGCCGAGUUUAUCGACUGGGGACCCACAGGCACAGAUAGUAUAGAUGAGGAUGGUAAACCAGGGCCCAAAGUUACCCCGCCUACUAGGUCCUCAACUACCGCAGUGGCCGUAACCACUAGCACUACAACAAGGUUAUCCCAAAGGACGCUUGCUAUGGUGACCACACCAGAGCCUAAGAGGUUAAGCACCACCAAGGCCACCAACAGCUUUGGGGAGACUGUCAAGCCACCAAAGCCAAAUGUGGAUACAUCAGGUUUGGCAGUUCACCAGAUAAUCACUAUCACUGUGUCUCUCAUUAUGGUUAUCGCAGCCUUGAUCACAACACUCGUCCUUAAAAACUGCUGUGCACAGUCAGGAAAUGGCCGCCACAAUAGCCAUCAGCGUAAGAUUCACCAGCAGGAAGAAAGCUGCCAAAACCUGACAGAUUUCACCCCGGCCAGGGUUUCCAGCAAGGUGGACAUCUUCACUGCCUACAACGACAGCUUGCAGUGCUCUCGCGAGUGCGUCCGGACUGCUGUGCCCAUCUACACGGACGAGAUGAUCCAGCAGACGCCGGUCUACAAGACGGCUUACAAUGGAAACAGGCCUUCCCCCUCUGAAAGACAACUGAUUCCUGUUGCCUUUGUGUCGGAAAAAUGGUUCGAGAUCUCUUGUUGACGGGUUUGACGGUCCCUGGUCGCUUCCUGUGGGAUGAGAGUUACCAAAUUCAUGCUUCGGAUCCAAAAGGACACAAGAAACCAACAGCUUCUUUUGUAAAGUAGUGCGAUCUCUCCUUGGACACUGGUGAAGAUAUUUAUUUUUCUAGAGAUGACAAACGGAGCAGUCACAGCGCUACACACUUGUAACCAUCAUUACGAUGCGGACUGCACACAAUUGGGGUGCAUUCACGAGGGACGCGCGUGGACAAAGACUGCGACCGAUAUCUCUAAUCACUGAUACAUAUUUGACAUUCGACAAAAGGCACCCAACGGCUCUUCUGCGGGUGGAGGAUGAACUGUAUUUCUGAACAAUGUGCCAAUUACGCCACUAUGUGCCACAACCUGGACAGAGAGGGAAGUUUCAUUGCCAACAAACGGACAAAACAAAGAGUGCUAUAUUAACCUUGUAUCGACGACAUUGUUUUUGUGUUUGUUUGUUUUUUAAGAAAUGUGAAAAUGCUACAAAUGUAUUUGGAUAUGUUCUAAACUAGUUUUAAGAAAUGUAUGAAAAAGGGGAGGUGUCAAAAACAUAUUUAUAUAAAACACUUAAUAGGCUGGGAAGACCGAGCGAAGGAAGAAAAACGGUGUUUCGACGGAAAAUAUGAUUUGUUAAAACAGAACAGUGCUAUUUUUUUACACAGAAAACCCUGCCAACACCCGACAAUGAAGAUCCAAAGCUCUUCGGAUUUGUCACUGUUAAUUAAAUACUUCCAUCUCA